ACGGCAGUUGAGUUUCAGUCGUGCGCGAUCGACAGUGGUCAAGAUAACGAGCAGUAUCGGUGCUCUCGAUCGUCAUAAUUUGUGCGAUGCUCCGACCCUCGCCGGUUUUUUUUUCGAAAAAGAUCGCCAAUGGUCGAGUAGAGAUAAGAAGCGUAGUUGCCGAUUUCGCGCGGUAAAACGGUUCAAAUAUAUCUCGAUAAUCGAAAAGUAGAUCUCGAUCAUCGGAGCGCAUAAAUUUCGACCCGUCCCGAUGGUCGGCAGGAUAUUCGCGCAAGUCGUGAGUUGUUACAUUCGCGCCACGAGCCACUACGCGCGUCGCGAUUGGUGAGGACACUGUUCGAAGCGGGUUAAACCGAUCGAGUGUUUUAUUAUACGACGAGGCUGGCAUCGUGUCGCGUCGGUGCGCAGCGAAUCAUACGAUGAGCGACGGUAUAGUCGGUGCAAUUGCGAUCAGUUUGUUCGGCGGCGAGAAGAAACGUCGGGUCAGCAUGGAUGCUGGUUAUUCCGUUCUCAAUAGCGAUCUCGAGUCUUGCAGAAUGUAUGAUCAGUACUCUUACAAGAGAAACGACAAUCUCGACUUGUCUUUAAACGUUCCGCAACAUCAUCAGACAUCGUAUCAUCACGACAGCUACAAUAUGUCUGAUCAAACGUUUCAUACACCGAGUUUCGGUGACGAGGACUUUGAUAUACCAACCAUUCAUCCUCAUUCACAUCAGCAGCAACAACAACAACAACAUCAACAACACGAUUCCAUGCAAGCAUAUGGCCAGCCACAGAUGAUGCAAGGUAGUGGUAUGCAACAAUCACCAGAUAAUCUGAAUCUGGAUACUAGUGGAUAUCAGCAACAACUCUAUUUACAGCAAGAACAUUCGAUGCAAUCAAUUAAUGUCAGCUCGGCAUAUGGCAACUCGCAAGAUUCAUAUGCAACAAUGAACUCUUCGCGUCAACAACAACACAAUGGCCAACAAUUGUUAAUGCUGCAGCAGCAGCAACAACAGCAGCAGCAACAGCAGCAACAGCAGCAGCAGCAGCAGCAGCAGCAGCAGCAGCAGCAGCAGCAGCAAGUUCAGAUGCAACAUAUGCAAUAUAUGCAUUCCCAGCAGCAAUUGCAGCAGCAGCAACAGCAACAACAACAACAACAACAACAAAUGCAAUAUAGAAGUCCGACUGGAGGCAGCCCGACUGCUAUGCAAGUGAAUAAUAUUACAGAGACGAAUAAUAAUACUACAACCAGUGAAGAUAGCGAUGACAGCACUCCGCAUUCCGGAAUGAUUACGGUGAUCAAACGUGAACCACCAUCACCAGAAGCGGCUGAUGCUGGAGCGAAAAAUCAAAGAAAAACAAAAGCACAAAAGAAAAAAAAGAAAAGAGAUCCUAAUGAACCACAAAAACCAGUAUCGGCGUAUGCCCUUUUCUUCAGAGAUACUCAGGCAGUGAUUAAAGGGAAACAUCCAAAUGCCAGCUUUGGUGAAGUAUCUAAGAUCGUUGCAUCAAUGUGGGAUGCAUUGGAACUUGAACAUAAAAAUUAUUACAAAAAGAAAACCGAAGCAGCUAAGAAAGAAUAUCUGAAAGCUCUCGCGGCAUAUAGAGCAUCGUUGGUGAGCAAAGGAGCAGGUGAAAAUGAACAGAAACAACAAGUACAACAACCGCAACAACAAAUGCAAUACAGUGGAUAUACGGGCUAUGCCAGUAAUAAUGCGCCGGGAAAUGUAACGUAUCAGAUUUAUAGUCCUCAACAUCAACCUUCAUCGCCUCAACAACAACAGCAGCAGCAGCAACAAAUGGCUAUUAAUAAAAAAUCACCGCAUCAUUUAGCGAUGCAAGGAAAUCCUCAACAGCAGGGUUUAAUGGGUAAUGUAAUGGUACCACCACAUAUGACACAACAACAACAGCAUAUACCACAACAGAUGUCACAACAGCAAUAUAUGCAAGUACCCCAACAACAAGUACAACAAGUACAACAACAACAGCAACAACAAAUAAUACAUAUGAGUCCAUCUAGAGCGGAAUUUAUAAAGGAGGAUUUAUCGAUAAAAUCUGACACUUUGUCGAGUUGUUCGUCGCCAGUAAAUGCUUCACAAGUGGCUAUGACGGGACCAUCACCUUGUAUACAUCAAGGAUGUCCUAACCCUGCUAUAUCUAAUAAUGAAUGGGAAGAUGAAUAUUGCAGUAAUGAAUGUGUGGUCAGCCAUUGCAGGUUUGCAGAUGUAUUUAAUACAUGGGUAUCUUCAAAUCAAAAUCCUCAACAAAACUAUUCUACAGUUAAAUAAGUUUUUCAAAAGAUGACAACAUCAACUAAAUGGCCUCACAAUAGUAAUGGCCCAUUAUUAAUUUGUAAAAUGUUUUGUGCCGUACAUGGGUGCCAAUGAGUGAAUAAACAAGAAAGAAAAAAAAGAGAAGGAAAAAUCAAAGGAGAGCGAAAGAGAAGUAAGGAGAAAUAGAGGUAGAAAAAAAUAUGAGUAUAAUAAAAAAAAUUGUUUUUUCUUAGAAAGAAAACUUGGAAUGUAUUAAAAAGCCUUAUUCAGAAAUUCAUUAUUCUGAUCAACUCUGGUUUUCAUUUGUAAGAAGUCUAUUACAAUUUGAUUAAAAUUAUGAAUAAGUGCAUUUACACACACACACAUCCAUAUACACUUAUUAGAAAAGUCAGUGACAACCAUUUUUAUAUCUUCAGAUACUCCUUACUAACAACCAAGGCGUGCCAAUUGUACAGACAUAUGUUUCUUUUCUAAUAUUGUACAGAUGAUGUCACAGUUUUCUAUAUAAUUCAUUGGUUAAAUAAAAAGACUUGUUUUUUAAAUAUAAUUACCUCAGCUGUGUUUCUAAAUUUUUAAAAACCAUAAUUAUGAUAUAAUCAACAAAUAACAGUAUAAGCAAAUGAAAGCAGCAUAAAAAAUUUAAAUAAAUUUGCAUUAUGUUCAAUAUAUGUUUUGUUUAUAAUAUGAUUGUUAAUAUGAGGACAAUGACCAAAGAUGGAAAUUUAUAUGGUAUAUUUUAUAUUAUAUGUCAUG